GUUAGAUAGAGCUGGAUCAGUUAGUGGCAAUAUGAUAGAGAAAAUUGAGAGCUGGUGUGUUUGAGCUUGAUGCUCCAGAGCUGGAGCUUGUUUUGUUAAGGCCCGGCUCGGUGCGGAGAACGGAUUAGUAAUGCCGAGAGGGGUUGAUGUUUUUAAGCUGUUGGCUGUUAACUACUGUAAGAAGAUACUGUAGUAGUAAUCAGUGGUUACACCGCGGUCGGAUGGCGUCAUGUGGGUGACCGUCUGUUUUGUCUACGGCGUUCAAUGCACACGCAAAGUGUCACAGCUCUGCAGGCAGCAGCUCUUCUAACUUUGCUCCUACGAUGUUGUGUUCGUGCACAAUGUCUUAGGUGCUGCAAGGGCGAGUGUGGGAUCGGAACCCCAUUGUCCUUUGCAGCAAACAUCUCCAUGGCAGCCAGCCAGCCAUCUGUUCGAUAGAGAUCCGCCUUGCGAUGCCCCUUGAUAAAACAAUCUGUGUUGAUGGUGUGGUUGUCGAUCAGACGAGCCUUGCCAGGAGCCGGAUUCAAGGCUGGCCUGAACUCGCAUCUCUAACCCCCGCUGGAAGUGAAACACCGGCCGAUCGGUUGGAAGGAGAAGGAAGGUCGAAAGGACUGAUCUGGAACCCUCGGGAGGAGUCGAGGAUUCUUGGUUGGGCCUUUCUUGGGUCUGGUCCACUACCGGCUGCAGGAGAAGAUGGAGACGCGGGAUGGGGACGAGAUUAAUGACUUCAUGAUGAUGUGGCUGACUAUAGUCGAUGUGAUUUACUCCAAGUUCUACCGAACAAGCGGAGAUAAUCCGGCCCAAGUCCCGUCUGGUCUGCCACUACCGGAC